CCCCAACGAUACGUGAACCAACAACUACCGCAGUUCCAACCACACAUGGUUUAACAACAACUGCAGCUCCAACAACACCUGGACUAACAACUGCAGCACCAACUACACAUGGUUUAACAACAACUGCAGCUCCAACAACACCUGGACUAACAACUGCCGCACCGAUAACUGUACUCCCAACCACACCAGCUCCAACAACACUUGGACCAACAACAGCAGCACCAACAACUGCAGCUCCUACCAUACCUGAACCAACAACAACUCCAGCCCCAACGAUACCUGAACCAACAACUACCGCAGCUCCAACCACACAUGGUUUAACAACAACUGCAGCUCCAACCACACAUGGUUUAACAACAACUGCGGCUCCAACAACUGCAGCUCCUACCAUACUUGAACCAACAACAACUCCAGCCCCAACGAUACCUGAACCAACAACUACCGCAGCUCCAACCACACAUGGUUUAACAACAACUGCAGCUCCAACCACACAUGGUUUAACAACAACUGCAGCUCCAACCACACAUGGUUUAACAACAACUGCAGCUCCAACAACUGCAGCUCCUACCAUACUUGAACCAACAACAACUCCAGCCCCAACGAUACCUGAACCAACAACUACCGCAGCUCCAACCACACAUGGUUUAACAACAACUGCAGCUCCAACCACACAUGGUUUAACAACAACUGCAGCACCAACUACACAUGGUUUAACAACAACUGCAGCUCCAACAACACCUGGACUAACAACAGCAGCACCAACAACUGCAGCUCCUACCAUACUUGAACCAACAACAACUCCAGCCCCAACGAUACCUGAACAAACAACUACCGCAGCUCCAACCACACAUGGUUUAACAACAACUGCAUUCCCCCCCAGAUCAACUCCAUCGCCAUUAACAGCAGCAUCCACAUCAACAGCAGCACUAAUCACAGCAUCAAGCCCACCUCCAACAACAUCAACAGAUAUAACCACAAUCUCCAACAUCUCUUCAAUCACACAACCAAUUAGCUCUUCUAUUACGAUCCAAACAAACAGAACCACAAUUUCCCCCCUUAACACUACUUGUGGUGGUUGUCCGACAACACCCCCUCUGACUACUACCACUACACCGACUAACACAACUACUACUCCACUACCUGUUGUAAUUACCAAUACUGCAACAACACCUAACACUACUAAUUCAACAACCCCUCCUACUAUUACUUCAACAACACCUACUACUAUUACCACAACAACACCUACUACUAUUACCACAACAACACCUACUACUAUUACUACAACAACACCUACUACUAAUACUACAACAACACCUACUACUAAUACUUCAACAACACCUACUACUAAUACUUCAACAACACCUACUACUAUUACUACAACAACACCUACUACUAAUACUACAACACCUACUACUAAUACUUCAACAACACCUACUACUAUUACUACAACAACACCUACUACUAAUACAACAACACCUACUACUAAUACUACAACAACACCUACUACUAUUACUACAACAACACCUACUACUAAUACUACAACAACACCUACUACUAAUACUACAACAACACCUACUACUAUUGCUACAACAACACCUACUACUAAUACUACAACAACACCUACUACUAUUACUUCAACAACACAUACUACUAAUACUACAACAACACCUACUACUAAUACUUCAACUACUACAACGACAAAAUCGCUGUCAACCACAACUAAAGUCGUGGUUCAAGUGGAGAACGAACUGCUUUCCUAUGCAAAUGACACAAAACUUACUGUGUCCGCGUCCCCGACGUUUAACGUGCUCUACGGCUUUCCGCUGGGACCAACAUUCUACAACAACGUCUACUUCACCAAGAAUGGAGUGUUCGUGUUUUCUACUAAUCAGUACGCGCCAAAGUUUCCAUUUCCUUACCCGCCAUCCAUUGGCUUCCAAAGUGGCAGUGCCAAUGCAAUUGUGGCAACGUUUUGGGACGACGUAGACAUCUCCGCAGGAAUUGGAAACAUUUACUUCAAGGAAUACAUUGAUGGAAUUGAUGCGGAUAUUAAGACAAAAACCAAAAAUCUCAUUAAAAAGGUAUACGCUAACAUGGGAAACUUUGAGCCUUCGUGGAUGUUGAAAGUCACUUGGGAGGGAGUCCCUGCUUCGUUUGAAAACAACAAUAGAGAUCACACGAACACGUUCCAGGGCAUCCUGGUCACGGAUGGGGUGUUCUCGUUCUGCAUCAGCAUUUUCCAGAGGAUGAACUGGCAAAUAUCCCGGAGGGCCAAAAACGCAAACAACGCCCUCAUGGGAUACCACACAGGAGUUUUCGGCGUCUUCUACAAUAACGAGAUUCGGAAUCAGCCCGCUGAAGUGCGAUACAAGCCCGACAACGUCACAGGAAACACAGGUGUAAAAGGCAUCUGGGUGUAUAGACUGGAGAACAACACCCUGGUAACCGUGAACAGCAAGAAGAGCUGCCUCAACUGGGUCAAUCACGAAACGAUGCAUUUCUGGGGUUCGACACCGUGCCCGUGCUCCUACUGGCAAGGAAUGAUGGACAUGGAGUUCAUAGACGAAUACGUUAUCCAGUACUACGGAUACCAAGUCAAGCCUUUCCCAGGCGCGGCGUACACGCUGCAGAGCGUGUGGCAGAACCCCGACAGAUCGGGCGUGCGCUGUUACUACGAUUGGCGAGGCUCCCUCAUCACGGGGCAGCACGAGCGCGAGCUGCCAACGCCCUGGGACCCGCCCAUCAACCCCUGGUGGUUCUUCCGGAAUGAGUACUGGUUCUACCAAAUCUACUUCCAGAUAUACAUUCCAUGGUUGCGAACGGAUGCCAACAAUUACUACACCAACGAGGUGAAGCCGUACAAGGACUGUUGCCUGAACUCAGGAGACAACUACUUCUGCUCUUUGUACCAAACAAAGCGUCCCGCGGUAUCCUGCUGGAAUUACAGUCCCCCCUGGUUUGGCUGGAUGUUUGGCGAGCCACACAUCGCCACACUGGACGGAGUGGACUACACGUUCAACGGCCUGGGCGAGUACGAUCUGCUCAUCGCUAACGAUGGAAACGUGACCAAGUUCGUUGUACAGGGGCGCACGCAGCGCGCAGGGGAAAACCACACGUCCAUGGCUACGAGCUUCGUGGCGCUGGUGGUGAUGCAGACAGGAUGCCCAAGGGUGGAGUUGAAACUGGAUCAGGAGAACACAACCUUGCUUUUCAUUGAAGGAUAUCAAUUCAAUGUUUCAGAAAAUGCCACCACAAUAAAUGGGACCACGGUGAUGUUGAACAACGGGAGCACUGUGGCAUCGUUUAAGUCGGGCGCGUCCGUGACGGUGACGGCCAUAAUGGGGGCCCUGCAGUUCCUCAUCUCCCUGCCAGAGAAGAUGCGCAACAACACCCAGGGGCUGCUCGGAGUAUUCAAUGGAAACAAAACAGAUGACUUUACAGCAAGAAAUGGCACCAUUUUGCCAUUCAAUGGAGACAAACCUCCGAAGGAUGACAGAAUAUUUUUUGAAUUUGGACAAUCCUGGAAAAUAACAAACGAGAGUUCACUGUUCAGCUACAAUGGCAGUGAGAGCUGGUUAAUAUUCAACAACAACACCUUUGUGCCAAGAUUCUUUGAUGAUCUUUUACAAGAAAAUGCAACCAAAACAAAGGAAAUCACAGCUCUCUGCAAUGGCAGUGAUGCUUGCAUAUUCGAUGCCCUGAGCACAGGAGACAUACUCUUCGCCCUUGAAUCCAAGAAGGCCAACUCAACGUUCGAGAGGAUUAACACAGUUGUCCGUAACUCGCUACCCAAUAUUACCGGCAGUUCUGUGCUUGAGACGCGCGUGAAGGAGGCCAAGACAAUCAAGUUCAACAUCACGGAUCUAGACGGAGACAGGAUCACCCUCUCCAUCUCCUCAACAUCUCCAGAUAUAAAUAUCACAGCGGACGGCGUGGUGGUGUGGCUGCCCACCUCUUCGCAAGCGGUGUUCGCUUCUGUCGUGGCUUCGGACGGCGUAAGGGCCCCAGACGGCACCCUGACCCCGACGCUAAUGCCACUCAACCUCGCGCUGUGCAACUGCAGCGCCAACAGCACCUGCCUGUUCUCGGAGCCAAUGUACAGCGAGCAACAGAACCAGUCCACCUUCCAAGUUGCCAGCUGCAACUGCUCGGCCGGCUACACUGGGCAGUUCUGCGACGAAAACUUGAAUGCCUGUGUGAUCAACCCCUGCUACCCGGGCAUCAACUGCACAGACCUGCCCCCUCCGUCUUUGGGCUACAAAUGUGGUCCCUGCCCUGCGGGCUACACUGGCGAUGGGGAGAAUUGUCUUGACAUUGAUGAGUGCAACGUCACGUCCCCUUGCGGUGGUCAUGGAAGCUGCACCAACAGCCCAGGAUUCUUCAACUGCAGCUGCUUCCCCGGCUACAGAGACCCUCCCACCUGCCGGGACAUCGACGAGUGUGCGGAGAACACGUCCAUCUGCAACAACGCCACCGAAAACUGUCGCAACAAUGAAGGGAAUUACAGCUGCUUCCCCAGGCCAGGCCUCCCAGGCAACAAGCCGCCAACUAUCAACGGAAGUACCGAGGUUCAAGCGCGGUUGAAUGAGUCGACGAUUCUACAGAUCACGGUGGUGGAUCCCGAGUCAGACCCCAUCACCCUGACGAUCACUCCGAACUCUUCAGACUUCACAAUUUACGCCAACGGCUCGGUGGGGUGGCGGCCCAGCUCCACGCGGGAGGCGUUGGUGUGGCUGGUGGCCUCGGACGGAGGGAGUUCAUCGCGGGUGGCGCUCUCGCUCACCGUGUGCAACUGCAGCCGGAACGCCGCUUGCAACUUCUCGCAGCCGCUGCUCAGCAGCUCCAACGGCUCGGCAUCGUUUCAGGUCGCGAGCUGCCUGUGCUCGAGCGGCUACGUUGGAACCUACUGUGACCAGGACUACGACGCCUGCUGGAAUAGCCCGUGUUUCUCCAGGGUGACCUGCACGGACCUGCCCGCGCCAUCGCUGAACUUCACGUGCGGACCUUGUCCUGUCGGGUACAGCGGCAACGGGAGGUCCUGUCUGGACAUUGAUGAGUGCAACGUCACGUCCCCUUGCGGUGGUCAUGGAAGCUGCACCAACAGCCCAGGAUCCUUCAACUGCAUCUGCUUCCCCGGCUACAGAAACCCUCCCACCUGCUUGGACAUCGACGAGUGUGCCGAGCAGCCAAACAUCUGCAGCAGCAGCCAGCUCUGCGUGAAUACACUCGGCAGUUUCAAGUGCAACUGUAAGCUGGGCGUGUCAGAUGGCAGCUGCAGUCUAGUUUGCCCCGACUCGAACUGCCCCGAGAGCUACUGCAAUAAACACGGCACGUGCAGCCUCAACACGACCACGUGCAAGCAGCAGUGCGCUUGUGGAGACAGCUACAGGGGAGACAACUGCCAGAACGGCAAGGAGAUCUUUCAGGCGAAGUUAAAAGUCACAGGAUUAAAUGCAAUCUACCGGCUGAACCUCACCUUUCAGGGCGAGACGUACGACAGCUAUUUAACGGACAGCGCCAAUCCGGAAUACGUGGCGCGCAGAGAUAGCUACAUCACAACUGUUAAAGGCAGGCUGUCAAGCGUUUAUUUAUUCUAUGAUAUCAGCUUGAAAAGAUUUCUUGACCAAGGCAACAAGGUGUUGUUAACAGAGAUGACAGCCAAGUACAACUACACCUCCACCAAGGAUGUCAUAAUGUUCUACGACGGCUCGCUCACGCAAACAAUAACAAACAGUUUCAACAAAAGAAAGCGAUCAACUGACGUCAUCUACCUUGAUAAUCUGGUGGAAGACUUAGUGGUUCCCAAAGACGUACUCCUCAACUACUACAGCUGCGACACAGAAUUGAAUGGCUAUGUCGUCGUCUUCGACAGCGCACAGGGGGUCAUCUGCAAGUCCCCGUGCAACAACACCAACUACUGCAAAAACGGUGGCACCUGCCAGCACCUGGCAGCUGGUGUCCAGUGCACAUGUCCUGCAAACUUCAACGGGCAGUUUUGUGAGAAUGAUGUGACUGGAGUGAGCCGUGGAGUGUUCUUUGGCGUGCUGUUUGGGGUCCUGGGAGGAUUGCUGCUGCUGCUGCUGGGGCUGCUGGCCUUCUGUCUCUACAAGAAGAAGAAUAGCUCACCCUUUGAUGACAAACACAGCAUCCUGCGAUCUUCGUCAAGAGGAAGCUAUAUACCCUGGCUGUCAUCAAUGAACGAAUCAACUCUGCAAGAAAAUGUACCGGGCAUUACUCUUAAAGGCUUGAAAACCAAACUCGAUAACAUCGAUAUAAGCUCCAAGAUUUUUACCAAGCGCCCGACCAUUGUGCACCCCAAGCCAAUGGACCAGGAUUCAAUGAGCAGUCAAUGAGGAGACGGUUUCCCCGUGGUGACGGCGGAUGACAAUGACUCUCAAGCCAAAUCAAGACUGUGACAUAAUCCCUGAAACGUGACGACGCACGGCGAGGUCCCCGAGGGCCCGCCCAACUUGAGCAACGCCGUCACAUUCCCAUCGUCCCAUAAACACCGCGAAUACAGUUCUACAAAUAUUUUAAAUAGAAAAAUACAUUCUUCAAAACUGGAAAAAUUCCUUAUAAACCGAUGCAAGUGAAUGUAAACUUUCAUUUUUACUAUAAACUAAAUUUCUUUCAUGGUUAUAUCGCAUAUAUCUAUAACAUUGAUAUUAUAAGCCAAUAAUAUAUUUUAGAUACAUAUAUUUCUGUAUUGGAGUGCAUAGAUGACGAAGUGAGAGUUUACCUGGCUUUGGUGGUUUAAACUCCGAUUGCGGCAACAUUUUUGAUAGUGCUGAAGGGAAUCUGUAAAAGUACUGCUUUUGCUGACACCCUGAAUGUUAAAGUGGUCUGGGACAUUAUUUUCCAGAUUUUGUCACUGUUACGGCCAAAACUAAAAACUUGAAUUUUUCAGAUUUUUCUUGUAAAAUUAGUCACUUUGUUGGGUUUUUAUCAUUUAGGGCACUUCCAUUGUGAUAUAGAAGCGUCCUCCAGUUUACCACACUGCCACAACGCUGACGUUUACUUUAGUUUUUAAUUAUCAGGGGAAUCUCGUGGGUAUCUGUAAUUUUUUGAACUUUGUAAGAGAUAUUUUAUUGACAGGCAAUAGGCUGCACCCAAAACAUUAAUUAUAUGGAAUCUAUGCCAUCGCUGAAGGGAGUAAUGUAAAUGUUCACGUGAACAACACUGAGUAGCAACAAAAUACUAUUUGCACAUUAUUUUCCAAGCUAAAACUUUUAUCCAUUGCACAAUGUUUACACACACCAAAUCAAAUAUUUCUUUAAUAUAUUGAAAUAAAAUAUAUAAAAAAAUGUAAUGUAUGUUAAAUUAAGCACAAGUUACAAAUAA